AUGGAUUUGGAUUUGCUUAGUUGGAACUGCAGAGGUAUCUACAAUGAUGCCACAACAAGGGCGUUGAAGGAUUUGAUUUCUCAGAAUCGUCCUCAGAUCGUCUUUUUAUGUGAGACGAAGAUAAGCAGAGAAGGAGAUUUUGAAAACCUACGCAAGACACUAGGGUUUGUUAAUGCGAAGGCUGUUUUCAGUGAAGGCCAAGCUGGUGGCCUAGGGUUGUUUUGGAAUGACGAUGUGCAUCUGAAUGUUGGGACGACGUCGGCACAUCACAUGGACGCCGUGGUGAUUGAGGAGUCUGGCUCUCCUUCUUGGAGGUUUGAUUUGUUUGGACACUCUAAACUCUUUCAUCUCCCGCCUUCGGAUUCCGACCAUGUACCUCUGCUCCUGAAGGCUAGCACAGCCCCUCUAGUUGUGCGUUCCAAGCAACACUGCUUCAAGUUUGAGGCAUUCUGGUUGCAACAUCUUGAAUGCGACGGUGUUGUGAAAGAGGCUUGGGGGACGGAUGUCGCCGGAGCACCUAUGUUUUGUGUGGCAAAGAAGAUUGCGCAUACGAGAUUGCAGCUUGAUAGGUGGCAGAAGCAAGUGUUUAGAGGUAGACAAUUGCAGAUGAGAGGGAUUCGGUCUAGACUGGAGGAACUUUUGGAAGUACCAGUUUCGGUGGAAGUGCAGGGUGAAAAGAAAACUUUGAUGGACAAGCUUCAAUCUUUAUUGUACCGGGAGGAGUUGUUUUGGCGACAAAGAGCGAAGGUUACCUGGCUAAAGGAAGGGGAUCAGGUCGUCACAAAUUACUUUGCUAAAAUGUUCAUGGCUUCAGAGAUUGAUUAUGAGGCUGUAGACAAGACUUUGGAGGCUAUUACCCCGGUGGUAACUCCAGAGAUGAACAGUCAAUUUUGUUCACCCUAUACUCAGGAUGAAGUACGUUGUGCGCUUUUUCAGAUGUACCCGACUACAUCACCCUGGCCAGAUGGCAUGCCUCCUCUCUUUUUUCAACAUUAUUGGGAACAUAUUGGAGGUGAUGUCUUGGAGGCAGUUCAAAGCUUUUUGCAGACGGGUCAGCUUCUUAAGAAAAUCAAUUUCACUCAUAUUUGUCUCAUCCCCAAGAUUAACAAUCCAGAACAUAUGUCUGAUCUGAGACCGAUCGCUUUAUGUAAUGUUAUUUACAAAAUCUAUUCCAAGAGUGCUUUUGUUAUAGGCAGAUUGAUCAUUGAUAACAUUCUGGUUGCGAACGAGAUUGCUCAUUUUGUGCAUAACAAGAGGGAUGGAAGUGAUGGGUUCAUGGCUUUGAAGUUAGAUCUGAGCAAAGCUUACGACAGAAUGGAGUGGGCUUCAUUGGAGGCUUUUUAUGAGCUACAGGAUGUCUUUGAAACCUAUGGAACAGCGUCGGGGCAACUUAUUAACUUUAGUAAAAGCUCCGUAGUCUUUAGUAAGAAUGUGACUGUCGAGAUGCAAGAGGAAGUGUCAGAUUUUUUGGGCGUUGAAGUAGUGGCUUUGCAUAAAAAGUAUUUGGGGUUACCCACAUACGUGGGACGCAAGAAAACUUCAACUUUUCAAUAUAUAAAAGACAGAUUGGCCAAGAAACUAGCUGGCUGGCAGGGGAAGUUGUUAAGCGUUGCUGGUAAGGAUAUCCUCAUCAGAGUGGUGGCUCAUGCGCUACCCACAUAUGCCAUGAGUGUCUUUGAACUGACCAAAAGCUUUUGUGAGGACUUGGAACAGAUGUGGGCACGGUUUUGGUGGGGCAGCACUUUGGAUAAACGGAAAAUUCAUUGGAAGAAAUGGGAUGCUUUAUGUAAUCCGAAGGAGGAAGGUGGACUAGGUUUCCGUAGCCUUUCUAAUUUUAACACAGCAAUGUUGGCAAAACAAGCUUGGCGAGUGCUCAACAACCCUUCUUCACUUGUUGCUCGCCUCUACAAGGCGAAAUAUUUCCCAACUGGCUCCUUCUGGGAUGCAUUACCUCAUGAGUCCCCAUCAUUUUCAUGGAGGAGCAUUGUUUCCACUAAAACAUUUUUACAGAGUAACUAUUGUUGGCAAGUAGGGGAUGGCGCUAGUAUUUUUGUGUUCUCGGACAAUUGGGUUCCCGCUUCGCUCUCUGGGAAGCCUACGGGAUCAAGACUGGCUGUAGAGGAGGUUCACAAAGUAUGUGACUUGAUGUUGGGUACUGGGGGCUGGAAUGUUGGGUUAAUUGACAGGUUAUUUUCAAGGGAAGAAGCCACGUUGAUCACAGCGAUUCCUUUGAGUAGACGUCGUGUGGUGGACAGAUUGAGUUGGAAGUUGUCAAGAGAUGGUAAAUUUUUAGUUAAAUAUGCUUAUAGGUCUGCUUUUGCCCAUUCUUCGAGCUAUAGUCCUAUGACACUACCAGUGGGAGCAUCGUUUUGGAAGAAAUUAUGGCAGGCUUCGAUUCCAAGCAAGGCUAAGAUCCAUAUUUGGAGGGUCUGCCUGGAUAUAUUACCUUUUCUAGAGAGCCUGGCUUUAAAAAGAGUAGUUUUGGACUCGGAGCUUUGUGUGCUGUGUGAGACUCACAGGGAGAUGACAUUCCAUUUGUGCAGGGACUGUCCCUUUACGAAGGAAUUAGUGCAAUCCAGGGCCAUUCUGAAGCAGGUGUGGUAUAACCCACAGGUGGUACAGAGCGAUUUACUUGCUUGGAUGAGUUUCAGUGCUACGGAAUUGUCUUUGAGUAAUUUUGGGGAGCUUAUGUUUCUUUUAUGGGGAGUUUGGAAGGAGCGCAAUGAGAGAGUGUGGAACCAAAAAAACACUGCCGCUUGUGAUAUGGAUCGUUUAACCACAUUACCAGGAAGGAGGGGUCUUGGUUUUGUGUUUCGUAAUGAAUUGGGUCAUAUGUUGGCUGGGGGGGCAUGUCCUCUUAGUGGUCUUAUAUCACUGGAACAUGCAGAAAUUCUUGCUUGCAAGAGAGUUGUGGAGUUUGCAGCUGAUCAUGCUCUAAUACCGGCUAUUUUGGAGACUGAUGCGUAG